UGUUAGAUUGUGCUGAAUAUCAUCUCGCCUGUCCUCUCACCGUUAUAAUAUUCAGCCGGAGAACAGGUGCGUGCUGUGGCUGUGACGCCGUGUAGCGCUGACCGCAUCCGCGUAGAGACGAAUUGGGGACAUUAAUGGAGACUGGCUGUGUUCGCCGGUUUAAUGCGGCUCAACUAGGCACACAUAUCCAGGAGUCCAAACAGGUACCACGAGAGGCUUUACUGGACGGACAGCACCACACUGCAUUGUGGACUUCACCGUACUGAGAUGGACUGUAACUUAGGUGGCGUUUCGAGACGCUGUGCGCUUACAGGAGGAAUUCACCCGGUUUAAUUUAGCCUCUACUAAUUGUUCUGUGUAUCGGGUCAUGUUGUCUGCGUUCAACACGUUGCCUGAGCGCGAGGCUGGAGCAGGUCACUGGAUCACUCCAUCCAUUAUUUAGGAUGACACCUCUCGAUCACACCUGCUCGGUCUCCUCCUUGCUUCCUCACCCCAUCUCCAGAGUUCAAACGCCCUGUCAGCAGACUGAGCGCUCCUGAGCACUCGCUGUGACCCGCUCUUGUUUGGCUUUCCUAGCUGACAUCCCGGGGAGGUGAUGCGGCGGUUUGUCUACUGUAAGGUGGUGCUGACCACCUCUUUAGUGUGGGUGCUGGUGGAUGUGUUCUUGCUGCUCUACUUCAGCGAGUGUAACAAAUGUGAUGAUAGGAAGGACCGCUCGCUGCUCCCUGCCCUGCGAGCGGUAAUGUCUCGGAGCCAUGAGGGUCCAGGGGAGAUGGGCAAGGCAGUAAACAUCCCCAAGGACGACCAGGAGAAAAUGAAGGAGCUCUUUAAGAUUAACCAGUUCAAUCUAAUGGCCAGCGAUAUGAUCGCACUCAACAGGAGUCUGCCGGACGUGAGGUUGGAUGGCUGUAAGACCAAGCUGUAUCCAGAUGACCUGCCAAACACCAGCAUAGUCAUCGUGUUUCAUAACGAGGCGUGGAGCACACUGCUGCGGACAGUUCACAGUGUCAUCAACCGCUCUCCCAGACACUUGCUAGUGGAGAUUGUGCUAGUCGAUGAUGCCAGCGAGCGAGACUUUCUAAAGAAGAAGCUGGAGAACUAUGUGCGGACUCUGGAGGUGCCAGUGAGGAUCCUGAGGAUGGAGCAGCGUUCAGGUCUAAUCAGAGCCAGGUUGAGGGGAGCAGCCGCCACCAAAGGUCAAGUCAUCACUUUCUUGGACGCUCACUGCGAGUGUACUGUUGGCUGGCUGGAGCCCCUGCUGGCGCGCAUCAAAGAGGACAGGACAGCAGUGGUGUGCCCCAUCAUCGAUGUCAUCAGUGACGAGACGUUUGAGUACAUGGCAGGCUCAGAUAUGACCUACGGUGGAUUCAACUGGAAGCUGAAUUUCCGCUGGUACCCUGUUCCCCAGCGGGAGAUGGACCGACGCAAGGGGGACAGAACACUUCCUGUCAGGACUCCCACCAUGGCAGGAGGAUUAUUCUCCAUAGACAAAGCAUACUUUGAAGAAAUAGGAAGCUACGAUCCAGGGAUGGAUAUCUGGGGCGGAGAGAACCUGGAAAUGUCUUUUCGGAUCUGGCAGUGCGGUGGCUCAUUGGAGAUCGUAACAUGUUCGCACGUGGGCCAUGUUUUCCGGAAGGCCACCCCAUACAGUUUCCCCGGUGGAACGGGCCAAGUCAUCAACAAGAACAACAGGCGCCUGGCAGAAGUCUGGAUGGAUGAUUUCAAGGACUUCUUCUAUAUCAUAUCACCAGGUGUGAUGCGGGUGGACUACGGAGACGUCUCUUCUCGUAAAAACCUCCGCGAGGCCUUAAAGUGCAAACCGUUCUCCUGGUAUCUAGAGAACAUCUACCCAGACUCCCAGAUACCGAGAAGAUACUACUCACUUGGUGAAAUCAGAAAUGUUGAGACCAACCAGUGUGUGGACAACAUGGGAAGAAAGGAGAACGAGAAAGUCGGCUUUUUCAACUGUCACGGCAUGGGCGGAAACCAGGUGUUCUCUUACACGGCGGAUAAAGAAAUUAGGACAGAUGACCUCUGUCUGGAUGUCUCCCGCCUCAACGGACCCGUCGUCAUGCUCAAGUGUCACCACAUGAAGGGCAAUCAGAUGUUCGAGUACGAUGCUGAGCGACUCACCCUGCUGCAUGUAAACAGCAACCAGUGUUUGGACAUGCCAUCUGAGGAGGAUAAGAUGGUCCCAACCCUGAGAGACUGCAAUGGCAGCCGUGCACAGCAGUGGCUGCUCCGUAACAUGACCCUGAGCGUCUGAUCCCUCGCCUCACCUCCCCACCCCACUGCUCGGUCCUCAUCCUAACCAGUCCUGGCUCUCCCCCUCGCCAGGUGGCUCUUACCACAGCAAAUCAUAACGCCUCUUCCUGUAACAGCCUGGCCAGCAAACACAGAGAUCCAGGCAGCAGCGGCUUAUCUUCCAUUAUGGAGGCGUCUCCUUUUACAGCUCGCAACAGGUUUGAGAGGAGCUGCACCUGCCGCUAAGGCGACACCAUGAGCUGUGGCUUUGGGGACCUUGUUGUGUCUGAGCAGGGAGAACGAUGUGUGAGGUCUGUGCAUGGAGAACAUUAAAAUCAAAGCACUCACACUGUGUCAGCCAGCUGCUAGCCAUGCAUCCACUGCUCAGACUGCCGCUUAACUGCAGGACAAACAAUUAAACAGAAGAGCAUCUAUAACAAGAAUACUACAAGGCACGUGUCUGCGACGGUCCGUACUGUAAAUGACUUUCCCUGUGCUGUGUACAUGCAGUGAACUCGUGUCCACUGUAGGUACUAUCUAACAAAACAAGACUGUUGUUGUCAUGACUGCUGCUCAUCCUGUUUCCAUAUCAGUGUCUGAGUUACAUUAAAAUAACAGGAAGUGAUGUCAUUGAUAGAGCCCGACCAAUGCUGGAUCUGUGAAGCUGAAGAAGUUGAUAUUUGAGGGUUAAACAUCUGAAACUGUGUGAGCACUGGUAUUUGAUUUUCAAGUCAAGCUGAAAUUUGAAUUCUCAUCACUUUUGGUGCCAGAACAUCUAAACUACAAUCUAAUGAUAUUUCAGCUAUUGUGUAUAUUUUUUAAAAGAGGAUCACACACUGUGUAGACAUAUUUGUAGAAACAGUGUCUCCAAUGCCAGCUGGUAACUGACAGGGCCAGUGUCACGCUGUCAGUGUCUGUGGUCCACUGCUGACUGAGGAGCCAUAUAAUGCAUUUUUUUUUUUUUCUUUUUUAAACAAGCCCACGUAGUGUCGGCUAUCAACCUGAUUUAAGCCAUGUGUUCCCUUCCAAUUUUUAACAUGUGGGAGUACCUUUUUUAAUUAGAUACCAAAUUAUUACACAAGACAAAACAAACAAAGGGUAGAUGUAAAAAAAAAAAAUAUAUAUAUAUAUAUUUCAGUCUGACUUUAAAAUAACCUGCUUACAUUAUUUUUUUUAUCAGGAUUCUUAAAGGUACAGUGUGUCAGAUAUAGCCAGAAUUUUAGUUUGAAACAUUUAAAAAAUGUACUGUGUUGCAGAGAUAUCUACUGAAAUGAGCAUGCUAACCAGCCGGCCCCAGCCCAGCAGAUGGUGCUAGAAACAAAACGAUGGUGUCCUCUCAGGUGCAUAUAGUAAUGUUUGCAUAUAGAAAGCUUUGUUUAUGGUCUUUAAUAACGGACGUUUUCAGUAAUUACACAAUUGUAAUUCUCACCCAUAUCAUUAUUUUUCGUACAACAAUAUUCCAAACCAAAACCAACUGCGGAUGACUCAGUGAAAUAAUCCAAUCAACCCCAUGUACUGUGCCAGUGCACCAGCUAUUGAGCCUUUUGGCAAGUGCAGACCAAAUUUUACUGUUUAAAAAUAUCACUAAAAAAAGGCGAUACUGAGUCAGUAGCGUCCAGUCUGCCCUCAGUCCAGCAUGACACAAUCCAAACAUUGUUUGCAGAAACUACAAGUUCAUAGUUGCUACCUGUGUCAACACAGCCAGGGGCCAGCUGGCUCAGCAGCCCUGUUUGGUCAAGGUUUGCUCUCAUGAUCCAGGCGAGACUGAGAAAAUGUCCCAGUUCUGACAAUCCCAGGUCCGAAAUCCAUGAUAGUGGUGUAGUUAGGUCAGCCGCUUCAGGCCGAUAUACAGCCAAGCUAAGAUAGCUAGGCUAAGAUAGCUUGCUGAGCUCUGGGUUGUGACUGAAAAAUGAGAUUGUGGAUAGAAGUGGCUGAAAUGAGUUCCCUCCGUGAGGUGACUGGGCUCAGCCUUAGAGAUAGGGUAAGGAGCUCGGACAUCCAGAGGAAGCUUGGAGUAGAGCCGCUGCUCCUUCAUGUUGAAAGGGGUCAGUUGAGGUGGUUUGGACAUCUGAUCAGGAUGCCUCCUGCAGGAGGCGGUUCAGGCACGUCCCACUUGUAGGAGGCCCCGGAGCAGACCCAGAACACGCUGGAGGGAUUACAUAUCUCAUCUGGCCUGGGAAUGCCUCGGGGUCCCCCAGGAGGAGCUGGAAAGCAUUGCUCGGGAGAGGGGCGUCUGGGGUGCUUUGCUUGGCCUGCUGCCCCCAAGACCAAGCCCAGGAUAAGUGAAUGAAAAUGGAUGGAUGGAAGAUAGCUUGCAGACUCACGGUUGAUCGUUCGUUCAAGUGCGUGAUCUUAAAUCAUUGUCUCAGUCCAGGCGUUGUUCAAAGCCAUAAUAUGGACAGAGUCAGAGUAACCGAGGUUCGGAACCCAAAGUCCUUUGUUGUAAUGGAAAGACUUUUGAAAAGCUGAGUGCAACUAAUGACAACACAAACCGUACCAAAAAACAUUCCCAAUGGCAAAAUAUGAUUUAAAUAUGACUGUGUUUUUGGAGUUUCAGCAGUCAGUAUGAAUUUAGCAUUUUCUUGCCCUGCUUUUAGUUUCCAGUUGGCUUGGAGGGGAAAUGCUGCCCCCCUAGUUUGGAGCAUGUGGUCAGGCAUUACACAUGGCACCUUUAAAUUUGGUUAUUAAAAACAAAUAUAGCAUUUAUAAGGUUUACCAAUCAGUGCUCCAAAGAAUGUAGUAGACACACUCUUUGUAAAAUACCUCACACAUAUCUUUGGCAUUUCUGUACCGCAGUUUCUUGUUAUCAGCUGACAUAAAGGCAGAUAAUAACAUGUCUGCGAUGAGCUAGUAUUGGCCGAUUUAUUGGUCAGGCUCUACUUAUUGAGGUGGAUUUCUUCAGAUGUUUGGAAAAACACAUUAAACUGAAGAUUUCAAACCAACAUCAUAAAAAAAUGAAUGAGUCCAGGACAAGAGUGCAGCUAUAACAUCGUCCCUGAUCAUUCACAUAACGUUCCAUAUCAGUGAAACAGGAAUUAUAGUUUGAAAAAAUAUGAGGCAGCUCUGUCGACGUUCGUUUACAACAGGUAUUUUGGAGAAAUGAAAGAAGUGGUUGCAGGAAAGUAAUCGAAUGUAAAGGUUUAUCUAAAUGAUGAAGACUGUAUUCUGAGGUACUUUAACUGCACUGUGUUAUGACAGAUAUCUGAGAGCGUCAGUGCUAAACUUUUUGAAAGAUUUCAGAUUCCUGCUACCAGUAUGUUGAGAAAUCACAGUGACUUGGAGCUGGAUAGUUACGUGUGCCUUUAGAGAGUUGUUUUGUAUUUGGUUCAUUGGUUUUAGAAGGUUUUUAUUUAUUUUGGAGUUAAAAGAGAGGAAUGUCAUAUCGUUUUUCAUUUUAAAAAAGUGCAUAUUGAUAUUAAAUAAUUGUCAUACCAUGAUCAUGUCAUCGACAUAUUGAUGAUCGAUCAAACAUUUAGUUGCAGUGAAAUCAAUGCUCAGUAUAUUAGCACACACAUGCAAACAUGACAGGUUCUUCAUUCUGCAUUUGUUGAUCAGGCGACAAAUGUUACUGUACAUAAGGCUGUUAACAUGUUUCUAUCACCAUUGUUGUUGUUGUACAUACAGAACCAAUUAUUUUUCUAAGAUGCUGUAAAACUUGAACACUCCUCUGAGGGGAAAAAAAAAAAAAAGACGUUGAAUGAUAAAAAGAUCACGAGGUAUUGCAGUGUUGUACUUGGAAUCGUGGUAAUAAAAACCAGUGCUUACCAUGGAUUUUGAAAUUGCAGUGUGUUUUGGAAAUCAUCAUCGGCCCCACAAAACCAAUUUUCAGACCACCUUAAGGACCUCAGGCGAGCGUACAUGAGGGAGCAACUAAUGCUGAAAUACUAUCAAUGCUGCUUGAAUACUGAAUCCUUGCCAAGUGCCUGCUUGGCAUUCAGACUAAAAUUCAAUCACCUCUUUCAUAUUAUGCACACACAUUUAUUGUUUUUCAUUAUCUUAAAGUGCAUGGUGUUAAAAUAGGAAUGUAAUGUUUCAAUGUACUGGUUGCAAAGUGAUGUUACCUGUUUGUACAUUUUGCCUUUUUUGUAGGAGAAAAAAAAACUUUAACUCAACAUAGUUAGCAUUAAUUUCAGUAUCAAGCAAAGCACAUCACACCGAUACAUCAUUUGUUUAAUAAACCUUGUUCUUGAAGCUUUUAAGACCCCCGUACAUCUCAUUAUCAGGCUUCAGUGUGUGGGCUUUUAAAGGUGGUAA